AUGACAAAGCUUUUUGUUUCGAAUUUACCACUAAAUUACACUAAAACAGAUAUUAAACAGAUUUUUACGGCUUUUGGACCGCUAAAAUCAAUAAAACAGUACAUCACGCCAAAAAAACAAGAAAGCAACAUCCAGAGUGCCUUCAUAGAAUACGUAAAUAAUGACGAUGCCGCUGUUGCAGUGAAAAGUUUGCAAAAUAAGAAAUUCUACGACCGGUACUUGAUAAUGCAGCGUGCAUACGAGCGCUACAACAAAAUAUACGUGGGCAAUCUUGACGAGAAAAUAACGGCUGAGGACCUUCAUAAUUAUUUCAGCGACUACGGAAAAAUUGUUACCGUGCAGAGAGAGAAGGAGAACGAUUACGCGUUUGUUGUGUUUGAAGAGGCGAGCAUAGCGGAAAUGCUUGUGAAUAAUCACGGCGCCAAAAAAAUAAAGAGUAACAGCCGGCCAGUGAUACUCAGGCGAGCUGAGAGUAAGGCAGAAGGUAGAAAACGUCAGAUUCCUCAUAACAGAAGCAUCUGUGUAAAGAAUUUGCCCACAACAACCAGCGAAAGUCUGGUUGCAUUUUUUGAUGAAUGCGGGUGUGUGGAGAGAGUUCAGAUAGGAAAUAAGAAAGCCGUCGUGAUCUUCAAAGAUGAACUAAGCGCUCUAAAGGCGAUGAAAUAUAAAAACAAAAAAGAAUUUAACGGCAGAAAAAUAGCAGUCGAGAUUUUUGCAAACAGAAAGAAAUGUGCUUAAGCAAAGGGGC